AUGGGUAACCUUGACAUCAAAGUCGACGCGACGGACGCGAUGGACUCGUUGUCAGACCCAACAGACCUUGACCUCGAUGUCUCUGUCGAAUCUACUCCCUCCCCAAACGCCAGCCAAUGCCAGACCACGCCGGCGAACUCGAAUAGUUCAGGCAACCAAGGUUCUUCGUCGGCCCCUCGCCGGCCCCCUCGCAAAAGCACGUUGACCCAACAACAGAAAAACCAGAAGAGACAAAGGGCCACACAAGAUCAAUUGGUGACUUUGGAAAUGGAGUUCAACAAGAAUCCCACUCCCACAGCUGCCACCCGCGAACGCAUUGCCCAGGAGAUCAACAUGACCGAACGGUCCGUCCAGAUUUGGUUCCAGAACAGUCGUCGACGCGCCAAGAUCAAGAUGCUUGCGAAGAAGAGCCUGGAAAGUGGCGAGGAUUUAGACAGUAUCCCAGAGUCCUUGAGACAGCUGCUGGCCAUGCAGGCCAUGGAGUCUGGGAGGCCAUUUCCUCGGCAAUUGCUGCGACCUGGCGGGCCAAUGGCACAGUACGGAGGUGGUGCUAUGCUGAUGAAUGGCGAUCCGAGCGCACAAGGCAAAGUUGUCAUUCAACACUUUACCUGUCGCUCUUUGAGCAUCGGUAGUUGGCGUCGAGUGGGCCAGAAUGCCAUGGACUUGGUCAUUUUCUACUCGCCCGACAAGGCUUGCAUCACCUACUACAUCAACAACGACUCGGCCGGGUACAAGAUCGAGUUUCCCUUCGCCUUCAUAAAGAGCAUUCAGCUGGAACCCGGUGACACGGCGCCCACUGCCAAUGGAGCUCCACCACGACCAGGGGGACUUGUCAUUGAGCUGAACAGGCCACCCAACUUCUUCAUGGAUUCGUCCAACUCGGGAGGCUUCUACCAGUGUGGCGACUUUACCGAGGACCAACAAGCUUCUCAGAUCUUGGUCCACCAUCUUGGUGGGCAUCCCAAGGUGCUGAGCGGCCAACUUGCCAAACUCGUCUCGCUCGAAUCAUUUCAGAAUCGACUGAACCCAUUCGAUAUCAAUGCCAUGCCAGCGUCCGCGCCAGUCUCACCGAACAUGGGCAUUGUGCGGCCUGCGUCUCAACCCAAUGUUCAAUUCGCCCGCCCUCAACCUCCUCACGUCGGAAUGUUCCAAGAACAGUUUGGCGUGCAGCACCAUCUUCACCCCGGACGGAUGCAUCCCGGCCAUAAACGGCAAAGGAGUCGAUCUGUCCCCAUUGCCAUUGACUUCUCGAUGCUCCACGGGCCCAUGCCGACGUUCCACAUCCAACAACCCUCCCCCCAACUGGCACCCGACCAGCACAACCUUUUCCAACCCAUGCCCCAGCAUCCUAUCCACGCUCCUCUUGGACCCAGCUUGCAAAUCGACACUUCGGCCGGGUAUGGCAUGGACUUCCGUCAAAUGCCCAUGUCCGCAACAGCCACAUCGCCGUCGGAAUUUGCCAGUCCUGGCUUCUUCCCAUCCAACCCGGCUCAACCGCCUAUGCCGCCGUCCGAGUUUGGCACGCCACAGCAAUUCAGUGCGCCAUUCCUGUCGCCCUCUCCCAUGGUUGACCAUUCGAUGAUGCCCAGUUCGGUGUCUCCCAUGCCACACAUGGGCCACCACCCGGACCCGGUGAUUGCGGACCACUCGCCACCGCUUUCGGCGUUGCACCGCAGCGCAUCGGCGGACAUGUUCAACCCGCACGGCAUGAUGGACGAGACGCUGAUGCUGGGAGAGAUGUACUCGAAGCAGAAUCUCAACAUGGCCAUGCCCAGUCCCGGGCUGGAUGAGAACGGCAUGCUGAUGAUGAACGACAUGUCCGAGUUCCACACACCUCGAGAACACAUGGACCUACCAAUGACGCCGUUCGGCACCGUGGACCCCCACGCGCUACAAGCUGGUCUCCAUCACUAA